AUGUCCCAUCGCACACGACGAGGCCCACCUUCUGUCGUGCAUUCUCUGGCCGCCCCAUCAAUCUCGGAAACGGGGAAGGAGAAGAUCCGAGCUCGGUUUAUGGCGAGAUAUCUCGCUCGACGUGCAACUCUGCUGGGCUGGUUUGAUGAAUCUAAAAGCGAUCAUGGCCUCCAGAAUUGGUCUUCAACUUGCGUCGCCGUUCGCAUUUUUGAUGACGAGUAUUCUUUUUUCCCGUACAAUGUCAAUCCCGCACUGAGUGAUGCAAUCGUACGACUAGGCGAGACAUCUGCAGUCGCCAUGUCCUCUGCUUUCACAUCGGCGCUGAUCGAUUCCGUCGCACCGGGUCAGAAGAGUCUCAUUAUGGAGAGCACCAGUGCUCGUAUCCCUAUUGUCUACCGCCUGGAUGAUGUUAACCCCGAUCUUGUCCAUUUUGCACGAGCUUGCAUUGUAGUGCAAGAGAGAAUUGUUUUGGUUUGGUCCCAUGAUGCCGGCGCAAUCCUCAAUGUGGCCUUUGACGUUGAGAGACAGCUCGGUAAGACGGGACCUCGCAUCUCGAAUGUAACCAGCCCCCGAGUCUCCGGACGUUCUUCCCCCUUCGAUCUUGACGCCGAUGCGCUGGCUUCAACUCCUUCCAACAGCAUAAUUGUUCCAGUUCGGGGAGCCCUUGAUGAGAAGCAUGAGAUCUACAGCAAGGCUGUCGCACUAGAAAAUGGCGAAGAGGAGGAUGAUCCGGUUGUCGAUCUGGAAGGGAACAUGGCUCCGAGACCAACUCAUCGAAUCCAUGCGUUCAAGAUUAGCUUUGCCAUCAUGCUGGUGAUUUUGACACAGUCACUUGGAGUAGCUCGCUUGCUCAAUGAGUGGGCAUGGGACGGAGACUUUACGCGAUUUGCAUUGGUUUCUACUAUUCCUCCGCUUUCGCUAUUUUCUCUGUUUUUUUUCAUUGUUCUCGUUACAAGCGCCUUCCAACUCUUACUACCAGCCACUUUCUGCUUGAAGAACUCCAAGUUCCACUCUGCGAUUAAACCAAAUCUCAAAUUCCACCAUGAUUAUGAACUGCCCCACAUCACCAUCCAAAUGCCCGUGUACAAGGAGGGCCUCAAAGGUGUCAUUGUCCCUACCAUGAUGAGUGUUCUCGCUGCCGUCCAAUUCUACGAAGAGCAAGGAGGUACUGCAUCGGUUUUCAUCAACGAUGACGGUAUGCAGUGUAUUCAACCCGAGCUCGCCGAAGCCCGCAGGCAAUACUACAGGGAAAAUGGAAUUGGCUAUACAGCGCGUCUCCCGAACAAGAAGGGAUCUUCCAAGAAGGCUUCGGGCUUCAAAUGGUUCCGCAAGGGCAAGCCAGUCGAGGAAAUUACGGAAUCCGAGAAAGAGGAAGAUGCAACUAGUCCCCAGGCCAUCGCUAACAAAAUUGGCUUCGAACGCAAGGGAAAGUUCAAGAAGGCCAGCAACAUGAACUAUGGUCUCGCAUUUUCCAAUAGGGUUGAAGAUGAAAUGGUUCGUCUGGUUGACUUGGAAUGCCAGAGCCGUGGAUGUAUGAAUGAAGACUUGACUGUCGAGGAUGAUGAUCGGAUAUACCAGCAGGCUCUCGCCAAUAUGCUUGCUGAGGAUGAAGGUCGCACUUGGGCUGAAGGAAAUAUCCGUAUCGGUGAACACAUCCUGAUCAUUGACUGUGACACCCGAGUUCCCGUUGACUGUCUCCUCUAUGGAGCAUUGGAGAUGCACGAGAGUCCCGAGGUCGCAAUCGUUCAACACGGCUCUGGUGUUAUGCAAGUAGUCAACAACAUGUUUGAGGACGGCAUCGCAUAUUUUACCGACGUUGUAUAUACGGCUAUCAAGUACGGUGUUGGCUGUGGUGAUGUAUCUCCCUUCGUUGGCCACAACGCCUUCCUGCGGUGGAAGGCUAUCCAGAGCAUUUCAUUUGUGGAUCCAUCAGAUGGCCAAACCAAGUGGUGGUCUGAUGCACAUGUCUCUGAGGACUUCGACAUCAGUCUUCGUUUGCAGAUGCAGGGAAUGACUGUUCGUCUGGCUACAUACCAUAAUGGUGGCUUCAAGGAGGGCGUGUCUCUCACCUUGUAUGAUGAGUUAACGCGUUGGGAAAAGUAUGCAUAUGGUUGCAACGAGCUUGUUUUCCAUCCAUUCUAUAAAUGGCCAUACAAGGGACCAGUCACGCGUCUCUUCCUUCGUUUCUUGUGGAGCAACAUGCCUGUCACUAGCAAAAUAACCAUCAUUGCUUAUAUCUUUACCUACUACGCAAUCGCAUCGGGUAUGCUUUUGGCUACUGUGAACUACGUCAUUGUCGGUCUUUUCAACUCCUCGAUUGAUCACAUCUACCUUCAAUCUUGGGGAAUCUGGAUUUCCCUGGUCGUCGUGUUCAACGGUGUUGCUUCGGUCGCAUUCAGUAUGGCUCGCCAUCAGCUAAAAGAGAUGGUUUUCUGGAAAGCCCUUCUUAAGUCGAUGAUGUGGCUCCCGUUUCUGAUCGUAUUCUUUGGUGGAAUCAGUCUCAAUUGCGCCAAAGCUAUUCUUUGCCACGCUUUCAGCAUCAACAUCGAGUGGUCGUCAACUGCCAAAGAACCCGGUCCAUCUGGCUUCUUCAUUGGUCUUGACAAGAUGGUCAAGAAAUUCAAAUAUACUUGGGCCAUUUGCGCCUUCCUUGCUGGAGUAAUGAUCUUCAUGGCCCUUGGCACUCCCUGGGGUUGGAAAAUAAAACCUGGGGAAUAUUCUACUGCCAGCAUCGCCAUCGGCCCGCUCGCUAUCCAGAUUGUGAAUGCUGCCAUUCUCCCGUUGAUUCUUGGCUUGAACUAA